UCAGUCUCCUCCGUCCCCUGCCUGGCGAGAGGACCUCUCGGAGGCGCCUCUCCCGCUCUCCGAGCGCCGCGCGGCCAAGUUGGGGAAACCCGGCUUCUCACCUGGCCGGCGCCGCCCGCCGCUCGCGCCCGAGCCCGAGGGCGGUCCGGCUCCCCGGCGAGCGCCCAAGAGCAUGGAUCGUCGCUCCCGGGCCCAGCAGUGGCGCCGCGCCCGCCACAACUACAACGACCUGUGCCCGCCCAUCGGCCGCCGCGCCGCCACCGCGCUCCUCUGGCUGUCCUGCUCCAUCGCGCUGCUCCGCGCGCUCGCCACGUCCAGCGCCCGCGCCCAGCAGCGCGCCCAGCAGCGCCGCAGCUUCCUCAACGCGCACCACCGCGCGGCCGCGCAGGUGGCCCCUGAGCCCGAGCCCGAGCCUGAGCCCGAGGGCGCCGCCGCCGCGCCCGACUGCCUCGACUACGAGUCCGAGCUCGACUACGAGUCCGACACCGACAGCGACACCGAGUCCGACCUCGAGUCCGAGACCGAGACCGAGACCGCGCCCACCACCGAGCCCGAGACCGAGCCCGAGGACGAGCGCGGCCCCCCCGUGCCGCCGCGCCUGCCCUUCGGCCAGUCCCUCGCCGAGCGCCUGCACGCCCUGCGCCUGAGCAGCCCCGACGCCUCCCCGCGCCGCCGCGCGCGCCCCGCCGAGGGGGAGGAGCCGCCGCAGGAGCGCGACCCGCGGGACCCCGAGGAGGCCGACGCGCGCCCGCAGCCCCGCCGGCCGCUCCGCCGCUGCCAGCCCCGCCAGGCGCGCCGCGACCCGUCCCCCGAGUCUCCCCCGAGAAAGGGGCCCAUCCCCAUCCGUCGGCACUGAUGGCGGACGACGAGGGGGUCCAGGUUCUCCUCGUUUUCCUCGGGCCAGGGAGAACAGCCCCCAGCCCCGGCGGCCCGGGCGGGCAUCCCGAACGCGGCUCGGAGGCGCGCGCGCCAACUUUCACCGGGCGACAACUGUUGCAACCUGCGGAAAGUCACCGCGCCGGGAGCGGGCGAGGAGCGCAG